UGAGUGAAAAAAAACUUCAACUCGCGCGAAAAAGGAGGCCGAUGGGCGGAGGAGGGAGUCCAAGCAUGGACCCCCACGGGCCCGAGAUCGUCGCCAUCCUGGGCGCCAUAGGGGCGACGGCGGGCGCCGUAUCGGCCGUCGUGGUUUACGCACUAUGUGCGCGACGACGGCGUGUUCACCUCAACUGGUUUGAAAGAGACCUUCUGGACAGAGCCGAGGAAGCGGAAAAAUCACUAAGGGGGCUGACCAACCUGCAGCCUAAUAUCGGCAUCCUAGGAAAACAAUCUAGUGGCAGCGAUGAUUGGCAGUUGCCUCGGGAUGGUAUUUUCAAUAACCGCGUGAUCGAGACACGCGAAGUUGGCCGCCACCUCUCCGAGUGCAGCUGCGACGAGGCGACGACGUCGUCGAUGAGUCCCCUGGCGCCCCCAUUGCCGAGCGGCGGCGCCCUUGUGGCCAGCGACGAGCGCAUGGUGAUUCUGCGGAGUCUACCGCGCGCCUCCUAUAGCGGCUCGGACACGAGCUCCCAGGCGCGGCUCAGCAGCACCGACAGUGACGACCUCUCCUGUCCGAGAUCGGCCAAUGAGACCCGAGGCGAACUCCAGCUCGGCAUCACUCAUGACGCGCCUGCGGGUCUCCUCACCGUCAGGCUCGUCCAGGCACGCGACCUUCGCGCACGCGAUCUGAGCGAAACUGCUGAUCCGUAUGCUAAAAUACGCCUCCUCCCAGAUCGCAGUACAGUUAAGCAAACACGAAUACACAAACAAACUUUAAAUCCAGAAUUUGACGAAGAGUUUAUCUUCCAAGUACCUUCCACUUGUUUGCUAACCGAGCGUACCCUGGAGAUUUUAUUGUAUGACUUUGACGCCUCGACGAAGCAUCGAGGUCUAGGAUACGUACAAAUUCCGUUAUCCACAGUUACUGAUCUCGGACUCGAGCAGAGAAUCGUUACAAAGUCCGUUCUUCGUUAUGGAGCCGAGGGACGAUUCAAGGCGCCGCCACUUGGUGAAUUAAUGGUUUCGCUUUCUUAUCAGCCGACAGCUGAAAGGCUUACCGUCAUUGUCAUAAGAGCUAGAAAUUUGCCGAUCAAUGAUGAUUACGGGACAACAGUAUUUAAACCCUACGUUCAGGUAAACAUCAGUCGAGAUAACAAGAGCCUGAAGAAGAAGAAGACGAGCAUUCGCCGCGAAGGUACCAGUCCGAUCUGGAGCGAGAGCCUGAACUUCGACCUCUCGUCCGACGUCCUCGCCCUCUGCAGCAUCGACUUUUCCAUAUUUAUGGGGAACGGUGAGCUGUUGGCUCACUGUGAGGUCUCGGAGAUGCGCCAGCGGGAGCUCUUCCAUCGCGUACUAGCCGGUGCCGGUGCCUCCGCUCAAUGGUUGCCACUUUCCGAGCCCGACAGGUUCUCUGGCGAAAUACCAGAGCAACCCAAAUCCGCUUAAGAUUCCGUUUGUCCGUAGUUAGAAGGGCAAAGCCUUUUGUCACGGCUGGGGAAAUCAAUUUCAUUCGCUGCUUUGACCGAUCGACCGUAAGAUUAUGUUCACGUAACAAUGGCACGUUUCGCCCCUUAAGCGGAAACUUUUCUCACACAGGGUUAUGUUCGAGCAACGAUAUAAUUUUUUUUUUUUUU